AUGUCGGCAAACUUUCGUGACUUUAUUCCCCCGCGAGAUCACCCUCGAGUGAAGAAUCUCGACAAGACGGAUGUUAAAUCAUACUCUAAAAAUGCUCUUGGUGGACCUGUAGUACGAAAAAUCGUAUCGAACUGGGCUGCGAAACUUGAUGAGCCUUAUUUUGGCAUAACUUGCGAUGGAAAACUGAGAGAAAACCUUUUUGAGUUGGCCGACGAGGGGGCUCCUGUCGAUCAAAUGGUUGUGUGUGCCAACCGCAUGAUAGAUCUUUUCACGCCCACAAAACUAGGACAAUUUUGUCAUGAGAUUGACUCUGAUAAUUGGAGAAAAUGGUCCAACCCGGAAUUUCUCAUCUACAGCACAGGGAUCCGGUUAGAAGACCUACACGAGAACCAAAUACAGGCUAUCAUGGACCUAGUUCAAGCAAGCACCAGUUCGACAGGGUACAGCCGUAUCGUGGGUGCUAUGCAGACAAAUGAAUUCCUGGGUGCACUGUGCGGUGCAAAGACGAUCCUCAAUAAACACAGCUAUCAGUUUUCCUUGUACGGAAAACCGUCACUUACCGAGCCUUGGGGAUAUUCACUCUUUGGUCAUCAUCUCAGCCUGAAUAUCUUCGUACUUGGUCAUCAGAUCACUACGAGUCCUAUAUUUUUAGGGGCCGAGCCUAAUAUAAUUGAUUCUGGUCCAGAUGCAGGCGUUUGUAUCUUAGACACUCCAGGACACUUGCCUUUACUACUAAUGCAGUCUCUUCCACCUAAUCUGCAAAAGAACGCGCAGAUAUUUAAGAAGAUGCAGGAUGAGAAAAUGCCCGACGACCGCUGGAACCCUGCAGACCAGAGACACCUCGCAGGGGCUUUCCAGGAUAACCGGAUAAUCCCGUAUGAAGGCAUCCAAGCCACGUCGAUGCCGCAGUCGCAGCAGGACCAACUCCUUCAAGUGUUAUCCUUUUAUCUCGACAUAUUACCUACAAAAGCACAUCUGGCACGUAUGCAGCAGAUCAAACAGCAUUGGGAAGAGACGUAUUUCUGCUGGAUUGGAGGCUACGGUGACGACGAUGCUUUCUACUACAGGAUCCAGAGCCCAGUCAUCCUAGUCGAGUUCGACCAUCACUCCGGUGUCUUUUUACUCAAUAAAGAGCCGGCCAAGUAUCAUAUUCACACCAUUAUCAGGACACCGAACGGGAAUGACUAUGGAAGGGAGUGGCUGCAGUUGCAUCGGAAGGGUUCGUUGAUUUUAUCUUCGAAUCAGUAA